AUGGUCUCAAAAUCUUCGGUUUUCACCACUAUUUUACUCGCAGCUGCCGCUUUGGCUCAACCGAUCUACAGUAACACUUCUGUGAUCCAUACCCAAAUUGUUGUCACUGACUACACCACCUUCUGUCCAGAAGCAACAACAUUUACUAUUACUAAAUGUUCUGACAAUCACUGUCUUCCAACCGCAAUCACCGUCACAGAACCAACUACCGUGACGAUUACUGAUCAAGUCUUGUGUUCAACUGUUUCAACCAUUCAGCCACCUGCAUCUGCAACUACCCAUGAAACUGGAACCGUCAUCACUGGUGAGAAUUCAAACACCAAAAAGGCAACUGAAACCACUGUUUAUACACCAACAACCACCGUUGUGACAAUUACUACCUGCAGCAACCACAAGUGUCAUCCUACUGAAGUUACCGUUACAACGACCCCAGCCACCACCCCUGCAACAACUCCAACAACAACUCCUGCAACAACUCCAACAACAACCCCUGCAACAACUCCAACAACCACGUCAACUACUGCCCCUGCAACAACUCCUGCAACAACUCCAACAACCGCACCAACCACCACCAAUACUCCAGAAUUAACAAUAAUCCCAGAUGUAACAGUGUUUCCAGAUGUUACACCAACUGGCACUGCCACACACACUGACGAAGGACCAGUUUUCUUGUCAAUUGGUGAGGAGGGAACUCCCGUUACUGUGACAGCACCUUCUACAACUGCAUCAGUUUCAACUGGUAACAACGCACCCGCACCACUUGCAUUGAGUGACUCAACACCACUCUCGUCUUCUUCAUCAAGCAGUAGCGCUCCAGGUAUUGCUCCUCUUGCCGAAGGCAGUGCUGGUACAACCAAGGUUAGGUCAUUAUUCAUGGCAGCUGUUGUUAUUGCAGCUGGUUUGGUUUAA